AUGGUUUCCAUCAAGACUCUCGCUGGCGCCGCUCUGGCCGCCGCCCUCCCGGCUUCUGCCUACGUCAACGGCAUUUCCGGCCCCGAGACCGCCGCCGCCGGCAGCAGCAUCGACGCCACUGUCACCACUUCCAUCUACGUCCAGAACUGGGUCGACUACUCGAUUAUCUGGGGUCUUGCUCCCGCUACUUACAACUGUGCCGAGUACAAGUGCAUCGGUCAGCAAAUUGGUUACAGUGCCGCCUACCCUGACCAGCUUCCCCUCGGCAACUUCUCCGUCGCCUUGGCCAUUCCUGAAGUCUCGGCCGGAGACUACCAGCUCUUUGCUGCCGUACCUUACCUGGUCGGCGCCUCGGGCACUGUUGACGUGGAGACCUUUUACUACAACAUUACCAUCACUGCAUAA